GGAAACUAUGGCGACCGCGGCGUCCAACCACUACAGCAUCCUCACGUCCAGCGCGGAGCCCGGCAGCAUGCAGCAGACGCCGCCGCCGGCCUACAGGGACGCGCACAGCCUGCUGCAGAGCGAGUACACCACCCUGCAGAGCAGCGGGGGCACGCUCGGCCACGCGCACCAGUGGCUGACGGCGGCGCUGUCUCACGGGGGAGAGGGGUCGCCGUGGCCCGCCAGCCCGCUGGGCGAGCAGGACAUUAAGCCGGUGGAGGAGCUGCAGCACUCGCCGAGACAAGCGCAUCUGGUGCCGCAGAGCCAGCAUCACGAGACGGCCGCCUGGCGCGCCACGACCACCGCGCACAUGCCGAGCAUGAGCACCUCCAACGGGCAGAGCCUAAUCUACUCUCAGCCCGGCUACGGCGAGAUGCACCACGAGGAGCACCACAGCCCGCAUCUGAGCGAGCACGGCCACCCGCAGAGCCUACACUCGGACGAGGACACGCCGACCUCCGACGACCUGGAGCAGUUCGCCAAGCAGUUCAAGCAGCGGCGGAUCAAGCUGGGCUUCACGCAGGCGGACGUGGGGCUCGCGCUGGGGACCCUCUACGGCAACGUCUUCUCCCAGACCACCAUCUGCAGGUUCGAGGCGCUCCAGCUGAGCUUCAAGAACAUGUGCAAACUCAAGCCGCUGCUGAACAAGUGGCUGGAGGAGGCGGACUCCACUUCGGGAAGCCCGACCAGCCUGGAUAAGAUCGCCGCGCAGGGCAGGAAAAGGAAAAAGCGCACCUCCAUCGAGGUGAGUGUCAAAGGGGCCCUGGAGAGCCAUUUCCUCAAGUGCCCGAAACCAGGCGCGUCCGAGAUCAACUCGCUGGCGGACAGCCUGCAGCUGGAGAAGGAGGUGGUGCGGGUCUGGUUCUGCAACCGGCGGCAGAAGGAGAAGCGGAUGACGCCCCAAAAUGGACCGAUGGCCGGGAGCGAGGAUGUGUACGGGGACGCCUCGCCUCACCACGGGGCGCAGACACCUGUUCCGUGAGAGAGGGGAGGAUUGAACAUAACCGACUGUCUCUUUGUCCCGGUCAUAAGCCCGUUCUGGGCGGACCGACGGUGAUGAAGCGUCUCUGUGUGUGGCACCUCCGAGCGCGCGUGGUUGCGCGAACAAUAUACGGGCACGGGCGCGAGAAAACGCGAGCAAACCGGGGCGCGCAGAAUCUGAAGAGGAACGUAUAUAUUCUUUUAUUUAAGAGAUUUCUUUUCAAGUCCGGGGAUCUGUGAAAGCAUCAUAUCACUUCCAACCGAAAGCUGUGAAAAGGCGUCAGGGGCGCGCCAUCUUCCCCUCAUGACCACAAAAGGUUUAUUCCUGAUUGAUAUUAAUCCGGUGCAGUGUCUGCUCUCUCUUACGAAUAUUAAUGGCAAAUGCUUCAUUAUUAUUAUUAUUAUUAUUAUUAUUUAUUAUUAUUAUUAUUAUUAAUUAUUAUAAUUAUUAUUAUAUGUUCCAGAAUUCCAAAAUAGUCGAAUAUAAUACCAAACAAAAUCACAAAGGGUUUAACACUAAUCGAAAUUGUUUAAUUUAUUCACCUGCAUAAUUAGACUAAAUGCAAUAAAUUAAAAUAAUAAUAAUAAUAAUUAUUAUUAUUAUUAUUAUUAUUAUUAUAUUUAUUUUAAUUAUUUAAAUAAAAGGACUCAACAAUUCAAACUAAUCGAAAAAUGUAAAUUAUUAUUUUAUUUUACUUGUCUUUUUAAAUAUUAUUUACAUGCACAUAAAGGUAUCACUGCAAAAUAUUAAUGCAAUUCUCUCAUUUCGGUCACAACAAAGGCUGCCAAGUGCUGCUGUGUGUUUUUCACAGGCAAAGCAGCCCGAUUUCAUGCAGAUCACGGAUUCACACUGCUGGUGCAAAACAGAGGCCUGAGGAAACAUUAAAGCCUCUCUAGAAUCGCGCUGCUGUGGAUCAUCGAAAUGACUGUUUUAAAAGAAAUCCAAUGAUACCAGCUUCAUAAUUAUCCACUCAGUUGUUGUUUUUAAAUCAUUUUUUUAUAAGCAUCCAAAAAAUGAGGCAGGGGCUCUUUUUUAAAUAGCAUUUGUUUAAUCAAUCAUUUUUGUUAUUUCGUUUAAUUUUUAGUUUCUGUAUAAUUUAUGAUUUCAAAAAGAAACCAAAAUAGACUCAUGUUGCAUAUAAAAACAAACCAAGUUUAAUUAAUUUAUUUUCCUAGAAACGCGGAAAUAAUGCAGAAAUCAUGUCCAGAUUUGUAAAAACAAAGACUAAUAAUAAUAAUAAUAAUAAUAAUACAGGCCAUUUUAUUGCCAAUUAUUAUUAAACUGUGUGAUUUUGUGCGUCAACUAAAUGUAUAAGCCUCAACAUGUUUGUAUCUGUUUGCUAUUUGUGUUUAUCCCGAAUUUGUCUUUUCCUUUAACGAGAACUACUAUUACACCAGCUGUGUUACAAUUAUCUGAUGGCCUGCAUCGAAAAACAAGGACAUUGUGCGUUUUCAUUUUUAUUUUUGAUAUAUAUAUAUAUUGCUCUGUGAAUACUUGUAUAUUUGUGCACUUAACCUGGCACUGCCAAAGCACAAGCUGUCAGUGUGCCCUAUUGAGACCGGUAAUGUCUUUGGUUUUGACAGAAAAAAUUGCACAGUUUUUAAAAGCCUUUUGUCAUUAAAUGAAUACAUUUUUAUAUAAAGAAGUGCC